AUGGCUUUCGCAGUUUCAAGUAUAAUGUUGUUUUUCCUACUGGUCUUGUUACCACUCUCAGCCACAGCUCAGCCAUACGGGAAUGUAACUUUGGGUUCAUCAAUAACUGCAAACAAUGCAAAUUCCACAUGGUUAUCACCAUCUGGAGAAUUUGCUUUUGGCUUCCAGCAGAUCAUUCGUGGAGGUUACUUACUGGCAAUCUGGUUCAACAAAAUACCCGAAAGAACCAUUGUUUGGUCGGCCAAUCGCGAUAAUCCCGUCCAAGCAGGAUCAAAAGUUCAACUAUUUGCAGAUGGAAGGUUUGAACUGAGUGAUCCUAGAGGCCAUAGGAUAUGGGCUACUCCUUUGUCUCUUGGUGGAGUGGCAUAUGGAGCCAUGCUGGACACUGGUAAUUUUGUGUUAGCAAACACCAACUCAGUUGUUUUGUGGCAGAGUUUUGACGAGCCAACCGAUACGUUAUUACCAACACAGACACUAAAUCAAGAUGGCACACUUGUAUCCAGCUUCUCUAAGACAAACUUUUCGAGUGGAAGAUUCAUCUUCAGAUUACAAAAUAAUGGAGAUCUUGUGUCUUGCACCAGAAAUUUCCCCAUGGACGACAUUAUUUUUCCUUAUUGGUCAACGAAAACUGUGGACAGUGGCUUCCAGGUGAUCUUCAACCAAUCAGGUUACAUCUUUCUGGUAGCAAAAAAUGGAAGUAUCCUCAAUUUUGUGUCUUCAACUUCAGCCUCGACUAGUCAGUUUUACCAGAGAGCAAUGCUGGAAUAUGAUGGGGUUCUAAGACAUUAUGUCUACCCCAAGUCUGCUAAUUCAGCAGGUGGUAGAGCAAUGGCUUGGUCCACUAUGCACUUCAUACCUUCGAAUAUAUGCUCGAGCAUAAAGCAAAGUAGAGGUGGCGGUGCUUGCGGUUUUAAUAGUUUGUGUUCAUUUGGAACUGAUCAAAUGCCAAAGUGUGAGUGCCCUAUUGGUUACUCUUUCAUAGAUCCAAAUGACAGAAUGAGUGAUUGCAAACCAGAUUUCGCUCAACAAAGCUGCAAUGAAGAGACACACGAAACUGACCUUUUUAGUUUCAAUGACAUGCCCAACACAGAUUGGCCUCUCUCUGAUUCUGCUUAUUUUCAGCAAGUCACAGAAGAAUGGUGUCGAGAGGUUUGCCUCAACGAUUGUUUUUGUACUGUUGCAUUGUAUAGAGACGGUAACUGUUGGAAGAAGAGAUAUCCUCUCUCCAAUGGGAGGGUCGAUGAUAAUAUAGGGGGGAAAGCUUUGAUAAAAAUAAGAAACAGCAAUGCAACAGCAGACUCCUCUGGCUCAAAGAAGAGUAAACGAUCCAUUCUGAUCAUCACCGGAUCAGUUUUCUUAGGCAGUUCCAUGUUUCUUAAUUUUCUUCUACUUUCAUUCAUCUGCUUGUAUGCUUUCUGUUUCAGUCAACAAAAAUCAAAGGUGAUUCAAGCACUUCAAGUUCUUCCGGGCCUGAACAUAAGAAGAUUCAGUUUCAAAGAGCUACAAGGAGCAACAAAUGGAUUCUGGGAGGAAUUGGGCAGGGGUGCUUAUUCAACAGUAUACAAAGGAAUUAUUAAGAACGACAAUACUGAAACCGUAGUUGCUGUGAAAAAGCUGCAUAAGAUGGCUACAGAAGGUGAGGAAGAAUUUAAAGCGGAAGUAAGCUCAAUUAGCAGGACUAAUCACAAAAAUCUAGUUCAAUUGCUAGGAUAUUGUGAUGAGGACCAAAACCGGCUUUUGGUAUAUGAAUUCAUGAGCAAUGGCUCUCUUGCAAACUUUCUUUUUGAAAAUUCAAGGGCCAACUGGUACAAAAGACUGCAGAUUGCAUUUGCAACAGCGAGAGGUAUUCGCUAUUUGCAUGAAGAAUGUAAAAAUCAAAUCAUACACUGUGAUAUUAAGCCCAGAAAUGUACUCUUGGACGAAUCCUUCACGGCAAAAAUAUCAGACUUUGGAAUAGCCAAGCUUUUGAAGCCAGAUCAGUCGAGAACCACCACAGGAAUAAGGGGAACCAAAGGGUAUAUCGCUCCAGAAUGGUUCAGAAACAUGCCGAUUACAGUCAAGGUUGAUGUUUACAGCUUCGGAAUCUUGUUGCUCGAGCUUAUUUGUUGCAGAAGAAAUUACGAACGCAAGGUCGAGGCUGAGAGUGAAAUGAUACUUGCUGAUUUUGCUUAUGAUUGUUACAAGGAAGGAACAAUGCAUUUGUUAGUGGCAAACGACGACGAGGAGGCAUUAAACGACAAGCGAUUUGACAAGUUUGUGAUGAUAGCAAUUUGGUGCAUUCAGGAGGAUCCAGAAUUAAGGCCCACCAUGAAAAGAGUGCUGCAACUUAUGGAAGGAUCUGUUGAAGUCCCCAUUCCUCCAGAUCCAGCCUCCUCCAUCACUUCAAUUUAG